AUGCCGACUCUGUCUGGAAAAGUAUUUACGUUUUCUUGGAAAAUUGUAAAUUAUUCGCUGUGUCAAUUGAAAAAUGCGGAGAGAUUGAAAAGUGUAGUGAUUAGUACUGAAGAUUUCCAGGACACCAAAUGGUACUUAAGGCUGUACCCAAAAGGAGCUGACAAAGAAAAUGCUGGUUUUAUUUCAUGCUUCCUAUACAGAAAUAAGGAGUGCGAGAAAAAUGAAUAUGGUUUUUCAACAUCCUGUACUUUAGAAAUACUCAAUCCAAAUGGUAAAAUAUUGGCGUCCAUGGAAAGAAAGUCCGUAGAUGAACGUGGGAGAGGUUUGUUUCAAUUUCUGGAAGUAGAUCAACUUGAAAAUGAUAUGAAAAGUUGGAAGACUGACAUAUUAGAGAUCCGUUGUCAGUUAUUUGAUGAAAACUACAAACAACAAUCUGUUAUAUGUGAAGCUGUAACCAAAAUACAAAAGAAAAAACAUUCAUUCAACUGGACGAUAACAGUUCCUGUAAUGCAAGACUGGCUAGAGGAUAAAAGUGAUGUAUAUUCCAUGUGUUCAUUUAAAUUGGUGUGUACAAUUUUUAUUUCUGAUGGUACUUCAAGAACGAAAUUUGUAAAUUAUUCCUACGAAAAUGAUGCAUGUGUCGGACUUGGUCUGUUGGAGAUUCCUAAGUUACCUUUGCAGAAGGAUUUAAGGAAGAUGCUUUUGGAAAAAGGACAUACUGAUUUGAAUUUGCAUGCUGGAAAUAAAAUUAUUCCAGUCCAUAAAUGCUUAUUGUCAGCCCGAUCUCCUGUUUUCUCUGCCAUGUUUAAGCGAGAUAUGAUGGAAAAUCAAACUGGCGUUGUUGACAUUCCUGAUGUAGAAAGUGAAGUUCUGCGCUCUUUUGUUGAAUAUCUGUACACUGACAUAUUCUCUAACACUGAUUUUGAUCAUGUCUUGAAUCUGUUGUUAGCGGCUGAUAAAUAUCAAGUGAAUAGCUUGAAAGAAAGAUGUUCUAAAAUAUUGAUUUCCAAAAUAUCGACGGAAAACAUUUAUGAAGUGAUUUCUGUCGCUGAUUUAGUGAAUCAAGUAGCCUUAAAACAGCUUGCAUUGAACUAUAUCAAAACAAACAAAAUGACAAUUAUUCAGUCACCUGAAUGGUCUGAAUGGGUGGAAAGAAACAUGAAACUGGCUAUUGAAAUUUUGACGAAACUAUCAUUAGAUUGA